ACACUCCACACCCUCGUUUUCCAGCAGUGAAGGUAGACUAUUAAGGCUCUCAUGUCAUCAAGGAUCAAGGCAAUGGGAUAAUGGAGAUUCUAGACAUUUGUUUCCUCACCAGCGAAAAUUAAAUGAAGACUCAGAAAUCACUACAGCUACAGGGAUGAGAAGGACAUUUCAGCAGCUAGAGUGUGGUGAAAUAUGGCAGGCACACAGGCCUGAGACUGGAGUAUGGCUUCCUACUUCUUCCUUCACAAAUUAAAGACAGCAAGCUCCAGGGUGCUAAUCCAACUGAGCUGCCACUCCAUCUGCAAUUAGCGAAGCUGGACAAGAAAGGAGAGAUGGAAAACCUGCCCCUAAAUGAGGUAUCCUAACCUCGUGUGUUUUCCAGUGAAGUGAAUUACAAAGGCAUUAUUUACUCAGGAGAAAAAAGUAUAGGAAACUAAAGAAAAUACUGAAGAUAAUCUCAAAUGGUGACAAUCUUUUUCAAUCUCAUCUGCACUUCAAUUUUGGAAUAGUCUAUAAUAUUUGAGAAUUAACAGAAAUAUUACAAGAUAUAAGCUAGCAACUGUUAUGUAAAAGUAUCCAUUUUCCAUGGAUUCCAGCUAAAAGACUAACAGUUACUAAAACAUCCCACAAGCCAACUGCUUUUAAAAAGACUCUACCACAACACAAGAUGGUGCCAUUAGCAUAUUAUGGUCAACACUUUGUGCCAUUAGACUAUUUCUACCAACUGUCCUCAGCCAAAUCAUUAACACAUCAACGUACAGGUGAAAAACUAAAUCAAUUCAAUAACCAAUCUGUAGCCAAAGUGCAAUCCCAUAGCAAUCACAUUGCAGAACUUCCACUGGGCUCCAAUAGGAAGGUCUGGAGAUGCUCAGUAUUGCCAUCUCCCAAAUCUCAGAACAAAAUUUCACAGAGCUUCUGUGAUAGGAUUCUGAAUUCACCAUUAUCCCAUGCCAAGCAUCAGAACACACCUUCACUAGGCCUCCACUGGAGAAGUUCAUUGUGGCCUGCUCAAAGAGCUCUGAACUCUCAUUUGUUGCACUCCAAAGCUCAAACAACAUCUUCAUCUGACCUCAAAAUGACGUCAUCACGGGAGCUCAAUCAAACAACCCUGAGUUCACAAUUGCCCUUCUCUAAACCUCAGACAACAUCUCCAAGCCUAGAUGUUUGCUGGCGAUCACCUUCCGUGAAGUCUCAUCAAAGAGUCUCAAAUUCAUCAUUAUUUCACCUCCAAAAUCAAGAAAUACCUUCCAUAAACAUCAUUUCAACAUCAUCUUCCUUGAGACCCAAACAAAAAGCCCUUAGCUCGACAUUACUUCAAUCCAAACCUCAGAAAACAUCCUCAUUGGACUGCCUUUGGACAUCUUUAUUGCAGCACAAUCAAAGAUCUUUGAGUUCACCAUCACUCAACACAAAACUUCAAAUCAGUGACUUAUUUUGGACAUCACCUUCUUUCAAACCCAAUCAAAUGGCUCUUACCUCUCCAUUACUUGACUCUAGAUUUCAGAAAAUACCUAUAUUGAACUCUAACCCCACCGUUGCAAGCUUACCAUUGUCCCAUUCAAAAGCAAGGCAAUCAGCAUCAUCAUAUUUUGUCCACCCAUCUGAGAUUUUACCAUUGUUUCAGCUCAAUUCUCAGUCAAUGUUUAUGCUUGAUUGUAACUUCCAGACUCCCAGUUCACCCGUCUGUCACUCCAAGUUUCAGAAUACCACUUCACCAAAUGACAAACACAGAGUCACACAUCUGCCAUCACCCCAUCCAAAAACAAAUGUCUCAGGUCAAUUAUUAUCAAGCUCUAAACACUGCACCAGGAACACAGCUGCUUCAACAUUAGGUUUCAGACUCCAGAGUAAAAGCACCUUUGAGAUUUCUCCAAAGACCGAAUCAAAUAAGGAAAUUCCAUGGACUUUAAAGUAUAGUCAGCCCUGCAUUGUUAAAGGUGGAACCGUCCCUGAUGAUGUUGUAAAUAAAAUUGUCAAUUCUGUCUCGAAGACCAGAGUACAGAGGGAUCUCUGUAGGCAGAUUUUGUUUCGAAGGAUGAGGGGAAGGCCAAAUCCUCAUCCUGGUCCUCGCCUGUCAUCAAAUUAUGUGGUUUGCUUAGCUUGUGCUUCCUGCAUAAAAUCUCCAUGUAACCAUUUUAGAGGAAAGAAAAAUCCUCGUUGUGCAACACUUUCUGUCAUACCAACACCUGAGGCCAAUUCUGAGGGCAAAAUAGAAGUGAAAUUAGUUCUUAUCCUUUCUCUGCCAGAGACUUUCUCAUCUUGUCUCCCAUUCCCUAUGAAAGAAAACCAGCCUAAUGAAGCCCCUGAAGACAACCUUGAAGGAGUAGAGAAGACACCACAGUUUUUCCCCACGUCUGAACGGGAUAUCCAGGGACUUAAUAUGAAGCAAAAAUGGUGGACAGUAGCUCCUGAAAACAAAGUUAUAGGCCAACAGCCCCAGGCUAUUGACUGGCUGUUUUAUGUAAAAAAAAAAAAUUCCCAGCCACAAUCCCUGCUCCCACCCUCCUCCUCCUCCACUUCCUCUUCCUCCACCACCUCCUCCUCCUACUCUGUUGCCUCUGCCUCCUCUGCCUCCUCCUCUUCAUCUUCUUCCUCCUCUUCCUUUUCCAUCUCACACUCUUCUCCCCCUCCUUCCAAAGAGUGUAUCACCCUCACUCUCUCACGUCGUGUAUUCCCUAAGGUAAGUAGUUACCAUCGGUUGCCUGCAGGGGUCUCCUGGCUUGAGUUUAUAUAUAGUAAAGAUUACCAGCUGCAUCCCAGAAAACCAAAUCGAAGCCAGUCAUCAUCUCUCAAAACAAAGCCUGUGAGGAACAACAAUACAGUAAAAUGGAGAAAGAGAGCAAAUACACUGUUCAAAUUUUUCCGGACAAAAUAAGAAAUUGUGAUUAAAUUAACUUUUAGUCUGUU